AUGUACGCUCCCAGCUUCCUCGUCCUCGCUCUGAGCGCCCUGACUGCCGCGAGCCCUAUGUCGGCACCCACUUCCUCCUCUGUCUCCCCCUCCCUCCUCUCCCUGACGGCCUACUGCCCCGACAAGUACUUCGUCAACCCUCAGUGCUGCUCCGUCAACGCCGCUCUCGCUGCCUUCGACUGCAACAUUCCUCGCGGUGGAGCCUCCGCCUCCAGCCUCGAGGACUUCAAGAGCACCUGUGCUGCUGAGAAGAAGACCGCUCUGUGCUGUCUGAUUCCCCUGGGUCAAUCCGACCUUGUCUGCCAGGAGCCCCAGAACCUGUAA